AUGAAAGAGGAAAAAGAGAAAAAGACAGGGGGACCCCAGAUAGAAAAAAAGGAUCCUCUUCCAUACGAGGUGGGAAGAUGUAGCCCACAGCCACAGGGACAGUGUGAGGGCGGAGUAUAUCCGGUAUUAAACAUUACGGAUGGUACGUUUCAAACUGAAACAGCUCCGGUGCCCAGCGCCCCCAAGAUAGCGACCCGAUCACGGGGGAGAAUAGAGACUGUGAAUGAAGGGCCUAGCUCCCCGGAGGAGGAGGAGGACGAGGAAGAAGAAGUCCCGUUUAAACAGAGAUUAGCCAGACAACAGCUGGCUCGGGAAACGGGGGAGAGGCCAGUGGUCAUCACAGGCUCAUUGUCGGGGGUGUGUGAAGAUGAUAAUGGGAUAUUAGAUACCUACCACUUGGGAGCCACGGGCGUAGCCCAGGGAAGCUGGGAAGAUGAGGGAGAGGGAGGCAGACCGGAAGGGAGGCUUGGUAACCAUAGCAACCACAAACACUACUGGCGCAGACACAAAAGUACAACAGACAUCCCUUAUAGCCCUUAUCGAGGGAAUAUGCGGUUGGUUCCACCAACCUACCAAGGUCCUACGGAAGCAGAGUUAGCCCUUUUACGACGCUGCUCACUGAGAGAGACUAUUGGGAUUUCACACUGCCCCCGUCAUGCCCUCAGUGUGCCUAACAUGGGCAACACCAGCCCCCUUCGGGGCUUCAACACUAGUCCUGUUCAUAACACAUCACUAUCGCCUGCACAUAGCACCCUGUCUGGUCCUGAUCGAGAGAUGGAGAAACUGGCCAAGGCCCACAGUAAACUCCUGGAGCGUGACUGUGCUCAGGCACCCACCAUUCCUUCAGAAAUCCGGGAACAGCGCCGUUAUCUUUCCAAGGAUUGAAAGUGCCGUGUCAACCUUUGUCACAUUUCUGAUAGGGGGCGUUUCCUGUCUGACAUAUUCACCUCUUUUGUGGACCUCCAGUACCGUUGGUUCCUCUUUGUUUUCAUGAUGUGCUACACUACUACCUGGUUCUUGUUUGCAGGUCUGUACUUCUUGAAUACCUACCUCCGAGGUGACCUGGGACCGGAGCAGUCCCCCAACAGCAGUCAUCACCUCCACUUACACCAGAGGCCCUGCUACUCAAAUGUAGAUGGCUAUCUCUUCUCUGUGGAGACACAGCGCACUAUUGGCUAUGGCUCAUGCACUGUGUCUCCUAUCUGUCAUGAGGGCAUCCUGCUGGUGAUGAUGCAGUGCAUUGUAGGCUCCAUGAUUGAUGCCCUCAUGGUGGGUUGCAUGUUUGUGAAAAUAUCUCGGCCCAAAAAGCGGGCUGAGACCCUGCUCUUCAGCCGCACCUGUGUCAUUGCCAACCGGGAUGACCAGUUCUGUUUGAUGUUCCGUCUGGGGGACCUGAGAGAAAGCCACAUGGUGAAUGCUAAGGUCCACGCCAAGUUAAUCAAAUCUCGCCAAACAGCGGAGGGAGAGUUUCUCCCUCUCGAGCAGUCAGAGAUUGACUUGGGCUAUGAGAGUGGCUCAGACCACCUGUUCCUGGUGGAGCCUCAGGUAAUUCAGCAUAUAAUUAACUCCAGCAGUCCAUUCUGGGAUCUUGGUCCAGAGCAGCUUAGACGUCAACAGUUCGAAAUCAUCGUCAUUCUUGAAGGAAUUGUUGAGGCCACGGGUGAGUUAUCCUGA